AUGAGAGAAGUUGAAAUACUCUUUGAAAAUAUAGACGAGAAGUUGGAGGACGAGAUGAUCCUUAUCACCCCAAAGUGGAUAUCUCGAACUUUUGAUUAUCACAUACGUGAUUCAGAGAGGCAGGUCUUGUUAUUCAAUUCACUACUUUUCAGGCUGUUGUCUGAUUAUUUCAAAGCGCAUCCGAAUCUAUCGGCUGUCUACCUUUUAGUUGGUUUGGACCGAUCGGGUGAUUCCCUCGUUUCUCUUGUUCCCUAUGACCGCAUGGUUGAAGCUGAGUCUCGCUUCUCUAAGGUACUCACACGAGUGAUCUAUAGUAUUCAACGGCAUCGCUGUCCUAGCUCUUGCACUCUGGCUGGCAACGAGUUACUUUUAAAUCUGACGACAGAUGCGUUGAAGAAACUUGUCACCAUUCCAUGGUGUCCCGCUGACCAAAUGCGUCCCCCUUUAGCAUGUUGCGAAAACACGACGGAUACCAUUGAGACAUCUUCCACUAUUCAGAGGCUGAACAUCAUUGGCAAGGAUGACAACAUCAAAACAAAAGAACUCAGGAACUUUUUUGCCCCUGCCCCUAAACCAACAGUUGUUACCAUAAUGCCUACCGAAGGGCCCACGAAAGCCUCUUCGAAUGUUUUGGAAACAAGAAUCGCGCAAACGGUACCUGCUGUGAUUGAAACGUCGAAACAAACACCUAUACCGACAACCAUAACCCCCAGUGAUCAGGAUGAUGACGAUGAUCAUUUUUCUCCCGGUGUUGCUUUAAAAUCCUCCCAACCGAAGCGUAGGCGCCUCAUAUUUGAGUCCGACGAGGAAAAUGAGGACGCUGUCAUUGUUAAGAAGACCCCGGAAAAAAGAAGCAAGGCUAAACAAGCUUCCAGCGCAAAGAGGCACAACUUUAAAGGCUAG